GAGAUCAAUCAAGAGAACCCCUCUCUCCACUUCCUCUGCUGAUUCUUCUUUCAAUUCCACCACCGAAUUCCCCUUCUCUCCACCCCCACCAAAAUCCCUUAUUUUUCAAGGUUUUUGAUUUUCAUUUUUAUCCAACCUUCAAAACAAUAUCCCUCGUUUUCCGAAAAUUGAGGUCACAAUCCUUCGAAUCUUUGAAAAAUUCCACUUUUUUCCAUCUGGGUUUGUAGCUGGGGUUCUUAGUUUUAUUCCCAGUUCAGCUUCAAAUUUCUUGAUUUCAAGGGUUAUAAAUUCCCCAAGUUUCAAAGGGUUUCAAGUGAUUUCCAAGAAAUCUUGAAGAUAAAAUGAUGUAAAAUCUUGAUUAUUUGAAACACUUCUCUACCCAGGCUUUUCAGUUUCCAAACACUUCUCUGUCUUCUUCUUCUUCUUCUUCAUUCUUUUCUGCUAAAUAAACCAUGGAUUUGAAGAAAUUUGAAGAAGGAAUUGAUGGUGAAAUUGGUGCCAAGAAAUCUGAAUCCAGAAGUGUGGGUUCUUCCCCCAAAAAUUCUGGUGGUCAACUAGGUGGGUUAGGUUCAAAGUCAAAGGAACUGGGUAAUAUAAGCAGUAAGGACUAUUUGAGGGCGGAUAAGAUUGAUUUCAAGAGUUGGGAUGUUCAAUUGGAUAAGCAUUUGAGUAGGGUUUGGUCUAGAGAUAGAGAUAAGGAUGCUAAUAAUACAAAGAAAGAAGAAUGGGAGAUUGAUUUAGCUAAAUUGGAUAUAAGGAAUGUAAUUGCUCAUGGUACUUAUGGUACUGUUUACAGAGGUGUUUAUGAUGGUCAAGAUGUUGCAGUGAAGGUAUUGGAUUGGGGAGAGGAUGGCCUUGCGACCGCUGCUGAGACUGCCAAUCUUCGGACAUCUUUUCGACAAGAAGUUGCCGUGUGGCAUAAACUCGACCAUCCAAAUGUCACCAAGUUUGUUGGAGCUUCAAUGGGAACCUCGGAUCUUAAGAUCCCGACAAACAACACCUCGAAUGCCGCCCAAAAUUCUCUACCCUCUCGGGCUUGUUGUGUUGUGGUGGAGUAUCUUCCCGGUGGAACGCUCAAGAAAUAUUUAAUCAGGAAUUGUAGAAAGAAACUGUCUUUCAAGAUUGUCGUUCAACUUGCUUUAGAUCUCUCUAGAGGUCUAAGCUACCUUCAUUCCAAGAAGAUUGUGCACCGUGAUGUGAAGACUGAAAAUAUGCUCUUAGAUUUGAAUAGAACCCUGAAGAUUGCUGAUUUUGGCGUUGCUCGUGUUGAAGCUCAAAACCCGAGAGACAUGACCGGUGAAACGGGAACUCUUGGUUACAUGGCGCCUGAGGUUCUUGAUGGGAAGCCUUACAAUCGGAAAUGUGAUGUCUAUAGCUUCGGCAUUUGCUUAUGGGAAGUGUAUUGUUGUGACAUGCCGUACGCCGAUCUUAGCUUUGCGGAAGUAUCUUCGGCGGUCGUUCGUCAGAAUUUACGGCCCGACAUUCCAAAGUGUUGUCCGAGUUCGUUUGCGAGCAUUUUGAAAAAAUGUUGGGAUGCGAAUCCCGAUAAGAGACCCGAGAUGGAUGAGGUGGUGCGGUUGUUAGAGGCGAUAGAUACGAGUAAAGGUGGCGGAAUGAUCCCCGAAGGCCAAGCCACCGGAUGUUUAUGUUUCACCACGACCCGUGGCCCGUGAUUUUUUUUUCCGUAAGUAAGGAAUGUCGCAAACACUUCAUUAUCGUGGUUUUCCCCGAUAUUUUGCAUAAGUUUACGAGGAUGUAAACCGACACUAGUUCUUCGCAUAAUUUUGUCAACGGUCAUUCAAAUCGUAGACAAACGGUUAUAUGCGUAUUUUCGUUGUUUUCUAUACAAAUUUUGUGCGUUCAUGAUUUAGUAUCAUGAGAUCUUUAAGAACCAUUGUAUCAUGUAUUAUUUCGUAUGAUUUUUUGUUUCAUUUAUGGCUAGAAUUGAAUCUAGUGAUUGACAUAUAUUUGUUUUACAAU